UGCUAGCCUCGAACCAGGCCGCUUUAGAAGACACUUUCCCUGCGGCCUGGAAUUGAGGCAGAGGGGGUGGGGCCAUCUUUAUUAAAAUGGGAGACUGAGAAUAAAUACUGAGAACUAGAAAUGGCUACUGAACAAGACUCAGACGCUCAAAAGAAGCUAGCCGAGGAGUUAUGGCAGGCUGUAGACAAACUUGACGUCGUCAAAGUGCGGUCCCUGUUAGGACAGGGGGCAGAUCCCAACCACCAGCUCUACUGGAGUGACGAGUGGGAUAAGCCUCCAUUACACUUCGCUUGUCAUCAGGGCUAUCUUGAGAUUGCAAAGACACUUGUUACCCAUGGAGCUCGUACUGAUAAAGGUGAUGGGAUGUACAACAUGACUCCACUUCACUGGGCAUGCCAUGGAGGUCAUAAAGAGAUGGUGCAGUACCUGAUCCAAGAGCUCAAAUGUAGCACUGAUGUGAGGGAUACGUUUAACCAGACUCCUCUUCACUCUGCUUGUGGGAGAGGAAGUAAAGACGUGGUACAGUAUCUGGUGGAGGAGGGGAAGAUGGAUGUUGAUGUGAGGGAUGAUGAGGGACAGUCACCACUGGACAUAGCUCUGGAGGAUAUGUAUAAUGAAGACUGUAUGGAUGUUGCCCUCUACCUGAUGAGGCGUGGCUGUGCAUGUGGUGAUGAGGACAAAGCCGGGUUACUCUGUGCAGCAUGUUACCUUGGCAAGCUGGGUGUCGUGAAGGAACUGGUUGAGCAAUACAAAGUUGACCCCAACAGUGUAACUGACGAUGAUGGCGAGACUCCUCUUGACCUUGCUACACAGAAGGGUCACAUUGAAAUUGUUGACUACCUCAAGUCUCCACCACAACAAUCUGCUGUGACUGGAGACACUGACUCCAGGAGUGACGAGAAUGGACCACCACCUACAAAGAAACGAAAAAGUGCCCAGCAAGUGACUCUGAGAGUGUGUCCUAACUGUGAGGAGAGCUGUCACAUCCGCUGCAAGAAAUGUCCCGAAUGUGAGCACGAGUUUCCUCCUUCCAGUAAGAGCAGGGCCAAACCUGACCAGGAUAUUGUGAAAAACCCUUCAAACCUACUGCAGAUACUACAGAAAAAGGUGGACCAACUGUCUCUGUUAGGAUUUGACAUUGUCGUACUAGUGCACAGAGAUUCAAGCAAAUCACAUGACUCCUCUUCCACGUCACAUGACACGCCCAGUCGCUCACGCCACACCUACAGGAAGUUUGUCACCUCCGGACUGGCCGAGAGCUUUGUUGAAUCUCCUCUGGUGUACGGCAGUUGGAAAGAUUUCUGUAGUUCUGACAAGACCUCAACUGGACACGCUCAGAAAUCCAAGAACCCACGAAAGAAAAAAGGAGUACAAACGAAUACUACUACUACCACUCAGGAGGGGGACAGAUCACAUGAUACGAGUGGAGUGUCACAUGAUCAAGACAAUGUAUCUCAAGACAGCAAUGGUGCCAAUACUCAAUCACAAGCAGCACAAAGCUCUACUGCUCCACUCUCUGUUAGUGACUUGACACCACUCUGGAAUACAAUAUCUUCUCUCCGUCAGCAAAUCGAUUCCAUGCAGUCCAGUCUAAAUGCCCCUCCCACUCACGCGUACCCUCAACACAUGUACCCCCCAGCUACUGGUUUAAUGAACACAGGGCAAUCAACCUUUGUACCCGUGCCGGGGGGUGGUCUAUUCAAUACACCACUCCCCAACCAUUUCACUGGACCUUCUUCACACAACUCAAUGCUGGGACAGUCAUCACGAUUUAAUGUGAAUCCCAUGUCCUUCCCAAUGUUUCCAUUUUCACCUGCUCCAGCAAAUUAUCGUUUCCCUUCAUCGAUUACACCGUUAGAGUCGUCUAGGCAACCAAUGAACUCUGACCCAAACACUGACUCAAUAGAUCCGUGAACACUUUGCAAUAGAAUUUGAAGUUAUAAUUAAAGUCAUGUUGUAAAAAAUAAUUAGUAAUUAUUUGUUCUGUACGUACUACGUCAUGUACUUUCAAAGCAAAUCAAAUUAAAUUAUCAUAAAUAGAAA